AUGAUACAGGCUCCAACUCUGUUCUUCAGUUUUGUCCAGCUCGCCACGAUCUCCCUGCUUUAUGCGGCCCAUUCGUUUCCAGUGAGUGACCUUGGAUAUGCUAAAUGUCGAAGAAUAUGGGACCCCAGCCUAUCCAACAACGGCCAAUUCCUCUGGAUGCGAUUCGCGGCACCCCCCACCGGCUCUUUGAAACGGCAAGUGCCCCAGACGCCAAACUAUGUUAAGAGCAUACAGGACACCAUUGCAAGACUACCUAGAUGUCUUCAAGCUGGAUCUGGCCAAGGUUCCACGUGUGCAUUCCCGGGCAGCCUCGAUUCUCUGGUAGAAUCCCCUGUCGUGGUGUGGAUACAUGGAGGAGGUUACGAUACCGGUGGCGGCAUUGGGUUCUUUGGCACAACAGCUCUUACAAUGGGAACGACCUGCGAACGCUCGAAGAUCACCAAGUCCGGUGGGCAUCCAAAUGAGGGAUAG